UCACGUCAUCACCGGGCGACAGAAGUAGGUGAAAGGUAUCAAGAGGGAGUCAGAAGCGUCUGGGUUAUACAAGAUAGUCAACAUUUUUAAAGAUAAUACUCAACCAUGAGUUUGAAUAGAAUUAUAAACUCCAAAUCUUUCGAUAUCGGAAAGUCUUUACUUGCGUUCAACCUUCGGUACAAUGGGAAGUUUGUCCCUCAUCCUCCCCAGUACCGCUGCUUCAGGACCCAGGCGAGGAGUCUGGCUUAUGCUAAGGACCUGUUCCUGGGUCAGAUCAACAAGGCAGAAGUAUUCCCUUAUCCAGAGAUUGGAAAUGAAGAACUAGAGGAAUUAAACCAGUUUGUGGCACCAGUGGAGAAGUUCUUCAACGAGAAUGUGGACUCGAAGAAGAUCGACGAGGACGCAAAGAUCCCCUCGGAGACUCUGGAUGGGCUGAAGGAACUGGGGCUCUUUGGGAUGCAGGUCCCGGAGGAGUACGGGGGUCUUGGUCUGUCCAACACCAUGUACGCCCGACUGGGGGAGAUCACGGCUCUGGAUGGCUCCAUCGCCGUCACGCUGGCCGCUCAUCAAGCCAUCGGCCUCAAGGGGAUCCUGAUCGCGGGGACGGACGCCCAGAAGGAGAAGUACCUCCCUAAGCUGGCGUCGGGAGAGCAUGUGGCGGCCUUCUGCCUCACUGAACCCGGAAGCGGGAGCGACGCUGCGUCCGUAACGACCCGUGCCACUCUGUCCGAAGACGGGACACACUACCUGCUCAACGGCUCCAAGAUGUGGAUCUCCAACGGCGGCUUCGCCGACAUCAUGACGGUGUUUGCCAAGACGGAGGUGGUGGACCAGGAGGGCGUGAAGAAGGACAAGAUGACGGCCUUCCUGGUAGAGCGGGCCUUCGGAGGCAUCACCAGCGGCCUGGCCGAGGACAAGAUGGGCAUCCGGGGAUCCAACACGUGUGAAGUGGUGUAUGACAACGUCCCCGUGCCCCUGGAGAACGUCAUCGGUGAAGUGGGAGGAGGAUUCAAGGUCGCCAUGAACAUCCUCAACUCAGGCCGCUUCAGUAUGGGCAGCAGCGGAGCCGGGAUGAUGAAGAAGCUGAUAGAAAUGACAGCAGAGUAUGCCACCACCAGGAAGCAGUUCAACAAGAAGCUGAGUGAGUUUGGGAUGAUCCAGGAGAAGUUUGCGCUGAUGGCUACCAACGCCUUCGUGAUGGAGAGCAUGGCCUACCUGACGGCGGGCAUGAUGGACCGGCCGGGGGUCCCCGACUGUUCCCUGGAGGCGGCCAUCGUCAAGGUGUUCAGCUCAGAGGGCAGCUGGAUCUGUGUGAGCGAGGCCCUGCAGGUCCUGGGGGGUUUGGGCUUCACCAAGAACUACGCCUAUGAGCGCUACCUCCGGGACUGCCGCAUCCUGCUCAUCUUCGAGGGGACCAAUGAAAUCCUCCGGAUGUACAUCGCUCUGACGGGAAUGCAGUACGCCGGGAAGAUCCUGACGGGAAAGAUCAAGGAGAUGAAGAGGGGGAACCUGGGCAUGGCCGUGGGCAUGAUGGGCCAGAAGCUGCGCAGCUCCUUCGGGGGAACAAAGGACUUCGGUCUGACGGGCAAAGACGGACUGGUGCACCCCAGCCUGGCGGACAGCGCCCUGAAAUUGGAACAAAAUGUCUACCUCUUCGGGUCGGCGGUGGAGAGCGUGCUGUACCGAUAUGGAAAGUCCAUCGUGGACGAGCAGCUGGUCCUGAAGCGGGUGGCCGACGUGAUCAUCAACCUGUUCGCCAUGACGGCCGUGCUGUCCCGGGCCAGCCGCUCCAUCAGCAUCGGGCUGCGGAACCACGACCACGAGGUGCUGCUCGCCAACACGUUCUGCGCCGAGGCGUUCUUCAAGAACAACUACAUGAUGACCCAGUUGCAGAAACACGCCCCGGAGAACAACGACGCCAGCAUCAAGAAGAUCGCCGAGCAGAUUCUGGAGAAGCGGGCGUACGUCUGCGCUCAUCCGCUGGACAGAACCUUCUGAUGUCCUCCGUGCAACGAUGCCAAAUAACACUCCCUCCUUAGCUUGUACAUAUUAAUUUAUAUUCAAAGUUUAAAAAAAAACAAUCUUCUGCUUAAGAUAACGCAGUAAGGCAGAGGAGUGUGUUGCAUUGUUUAAUGGUGGUGUUGUUUUAGGAAACCGUAAGUGCCAAUUAUCUUUUAAAGGGGUGGUUUGAGUAUGAUUCAGAAAAGUGUUAAGGUGGGGGGGGGCUUAUGAGCCUACUGGGUGUACAAGGCGACCUCUCGGUGAGUCCGGACCUCCACGACGGUGUUGAAGGGGCCGGUCGUGGUGCCCUGGUUCUUUCGGUGCGUCUCCGCGUCGGCGCUGGCAGCCACACUGAGGCACGCCAUCUCCGGUUCCGUCAGCGGCGCGGCUCUCCUCUUGUGGAGGAGCGAGCGCGGAACACAGUACCUCCUACGGCGGGGAACAGGAGACACUCGCAGUGUUGUAGCUGACAUGUCCCCUGGCAUCAAUAAAAAAAAAAAGGAGGUGGACUCGCA